AUGUCGCGAUCGACGCGAUCGGGUGGAGGGACGGUGGACGUGAACGGCACGGCGUACACGACGAGCGAACGGGAUGAGUUGAAGUCGUUGUUGGUGAGCGGAACGACGCCGAGGACGUCGAAGCGGUCGAGAUUGGGCGAGCGAGCGAACGAACGAGACGCGGAGGCGGGCGAGGCGAAGGAUACCAAAGUGCACGACGCGAACACGAUGCGAGCGAUGAUGCUCGAGCGUCAACCGUCGCUCAAGUCGAUCAAGACGAAGGUUGAGGCGGGGAAUGGCGCGUCGGGCGCGCGGAGAAAGUCAGACGGCGCGAACGAAGGCGGGCCGAUGGGUCGAGGCGUGAACUUCGAUAAGGAUGGGAACACGCCCAGAGACGCGUACGCGGCGGACGGCGAGAUUCUUGGGUCGAUCGAUAGUGGGACGCCCAACUUUUUUCAUGAUCAAAACGCGCUCAAAGACGACGCCAUGGGAGGUGGGCGACGCGUUCCGGCGUACGCGCUGGCGGCGAUCGGCAAUAGCCCAGGGUCUGCCGACGCGAAGUAUUUCGACAACAACGAAAUUGUGGAUCUGUUGAUGAUAGUGCACGGUAGAUCCGAAGCCAGAAACAUGCAUCGAGACACCGAGACCUCACUGGAGACGCCGACGCUCGCGCAGGUGAACAUGCUCUGCACGGCCCCGCGAACGUGGGACCGGCGCGGGCAACGCCGAGAGACAAGUCCGGAUAUUUCGAGUGAAGGUGCGCUCGCGUUUGAAUCCAAGCGCAGAGGCGCUGCUUCGGCUCAGAAGAACAAACGACAGAGGAAUGAGACGAAGAAUCGCCACGGGACGCCGGAAAUACUUAGCAAGGAGGAAGAGGCGUUACGCAAGAUGAAGGCGUUCUCCACGCGCGGGAGCAACUUGCGCAACGUCGACGAUAGUGAACUGAUGGAUACUCUCAUCGACGCGCACGGUGAUCCAUUGAGCAAGACGAUGAAGACGCUCUGCCUGAAGCACAACGCGCGAGCGACGGCUCUGAACUACGAACACGAGGCGGCCUUAGCAAAGGCGAAUGGAGAGAAAAAGGCUGCGGAAACCGACGGUGAGAUUCACGCCAAGAGUAGAAGCUGGACAGACGAAGAGGACGCGUUCGUUCGCGCGCUGGUAAGGGAGCAUGGACCAAAGAAAUGGGCCGUCAUCGCCGACCAACUCGUGGGCAAGACGCAAAAGCAAGUGUACGCUCGUUGGCGCGACUACCUCCAGCCCGGUCUCACGACGCGUCCGUGGGCUCCUUUCGAGGAAGAACACUUGAUCAAGAUCCAAGAGGUCAUAGGGAAUCAGUGGGCCGUCCUCGCCAGGCUCUUACCCGGUCGCUCCCCGAACGCAAUCAAAAAUAAGUUCCACGCCACGCGUCGAAAAUUCGAGCGCGCCCCGGGAGACGGCGAUCGCGACGACGACGAGGGGGUGGAUGCGCAUUAA